UAUGCCAAAGUAUAACACACAGACAACCUAAUUUUAAGAGCUCAGGCUGAUCAUGGCUUUGAAUGUGGCAUUCUUGAGCUCACUCUUCGUUCUUUCAGUAUUUUCUUCUCCAGGAAAUGCAUUAAGCUUGAAUUACUAUGACAAAACAUGCCCUAUUGCCGAGUCCAUCGUCACAAAUACUGUCAAGACAGCAACAUCGAAAGACAAAACUGUCCCUGCAGCUCUACUCCGGAUGCAUUUUCACGACUGUUUCAUAAGGGGAUGUGAUGGCUCUAUUCUGCUGGAUUCAAAAGGGAACAACAAAGCAGAAAAGGAUGCACCCCCUAACGGUUCAUUGCAUGCAUUUUUUGUGAUUGACAGUGCAAAGGAACAAAUAGAAAGUGUGUGUCCCGGUGUUGUGUCAUGUGCCGAUAUUCUAGCUUUCGCGGCAAGGGAUGCUGUUGUCUUGUCAGGGGGUCCAACUUGGGAUGUACCUAAAGGAAGAAAAGAUGGGAGAACGUCAAGAGCUAGUGAAACUACAAGCUUGCCUGCCCCAACUUUCAACAUCUCACAAUUACAGCAAAACUUCAGGCAAAGGGGUCUAUCAAUGGAUGAUCUAGCGGCUCUUUUAGGAGCACAUACUCUAGGAUUUGCGCAUUGUUCGUCAUUUGAAAGCAGAGUAUACCCAGUGAACAAUGACCCUACAUUGAAUCCAACUUUUGCUCAGAGGUUAAGGAGUCUUUGUCCAGUCAAUCAUAAGGCAAAGAAUCUUGGUUCUACAAAUGAUCCUUCGCCAAGAACUUUUGAUAACACAUACUACAGGCUUAUCCUACAACAGAAAAGCCUGUUUCAUUCAGACGAAGCUCUGCUCACUAAUCCAAAGACCAAAGGUCUAGUUUAUAAGUUUGCUACCUCACAUAAAGCUUUUACAGAGGCUUUUGUGCAUUCAAUCAUCAAACUGAGUAGCAUCACAGGAGGACAGGAGGUUAGGAAGCACUGUAGAGUGGUAAACUAAGGUAAUAACUGAUUUUAAUUUAAGUAAAUUUUAUCUCAUGAAAACCAAGAGAAUGCAUAAACAGACUGGUUAUCUAAUGUAUCUUACAUUUUUGGGCAUUGCAAAAACAGAUAAUUAUGUCCGUUUUGCAUUCACAUGGCUGGAAUUCACAAUCAUUUAUUGUACUGAAUAUUUAAUCGUAUGAAUGGACUUUUAUGCAUAAACAAAA